ACACAUAAACGGUGUCGCUUAAAUCCUCAAAAAGAAGCGGCCAGGAAAUCCCUAUGACAAACGAGUGAUUUUCAGAGGAAGAGGAAAGCUAAGACUGAAAAUCAGAGAUGAAAUUUCACGCAUCAACCAUUUCCAGGGUUUCUCAAUUCAGAAAUAAAGCUCCCUUCUCCUUUCACUCCUCUUCUAAGCUUAGCUCAAACCAUAAAAAACGGUGUAAUUUUGGAAUAGCAUUUGAUAUCGAUGGCGUUAUUCUUCGAGGCCGUGUUCCCGUUGGAGGUUCUCCACAAGCUUUAAGAAGAUUGUAUGGAGAUUCUGGUGAAUUGAUUGUCCCGUACUUGUUCUUGACUAAUGGAGGUGGCAUCCCAGAAACUAAGAGAGCCAAAGAGUUAAGUGAACUUUUGGGAGUAAAUAUUAUGGCUUCUCAGGUUGUACAAGGUCACUCAUCUUUUAGAAACUUAUUAAAGAAAUUUGAGAACGAGCUUAUUAUUGCCACCGGAAAAGGUGACCCCGCUUUGGUGAUGUCUGAGUAUGGUUUCAAAAAAGUUCUGUCAUUGGAAGAGUUUGCUUCUUACUUUGAGAGCAUUGAUCCUGUAUCUCAAUAUAAGAGAUGGACAACUAUGCCACAGUCAGAUAGGAAGGAACCGGCAGUGCCAAGAUAUAAUGUUCUCUCAGAGAGGAUUAAGGCAGCAUUUGUUGUCAGUGAUCCUGUAGACUGGGGCAGGGACAUUCAGGUGCUAUGUGAUGUUUUAAGAUCUGGAGGCCUUCCUGGACGUGCAAAUAAUAACCAACCGCCGUUAUAUUUUGCCGCUGAUGAUCUUGAAUAUCAGGCUGCCUUUCCGUCUAAGCGUCUUGGAAUGGGUGCUUUUAGAAUUGCACUGGAGAGCGUCUUCAACAGAAUCAACCCGAAAAGGCUGGAGUAUGUAACAUAUGGGAAACCAAAUCCAUUUGUCUUCAAGAAUGCUGAAGUAAUAUUGAGCCAACUUCGGUCAUCUUCUUGUCAAGAUCAUUCCAAGAAUAAUAGAGUCCCUGGAUCACAUCCUUUUGAAAUGCUUUACAUGAUUGGUGAUAAUCCUUCGGUUGAUGUCAACGGUGCACAACAGGCAGGGCAUCCUUGGUUUUCUAUUUUGACAAGGACGGGAGUUUUCCAAGGAAAAGAUAAUCAUGCUGAAUUCCCAGCAGAUCUGGUUGUGGAUUCGGUCGAGGAGGCUGUGGACUACAUUCUUAAAAGAGAGUGCAUUGAACUUGGAGCUUAACUCAAUUGGUUCAUACAAAUAUCUAUCAAGGAGUUGACAUCAAACAUGUCAAAUAUAUAGAUUAUUUUGGAAAUGGUAUUCAUAUUCACAUUUUUUUUUACAUAAAUGGAAAAUCUAAGAGGUUCUUUUGAAUGUCAAAUAA